AUGACUUCGCGAGACCUCAUACUGGACAAGCGGUUCAGACUGUUUUCUUUCAAGCUUAUGGGAGAUGCGACCUCGAUGAUGGACUACUACACGAAGAAGGCGGUGGAGAGCUUCAGGACCAAGAUCACAGAGGCCAUUCUCGAAGGCAAAGUGUUGCUUCCGCCUUCGGCAUACGAAGAAGCUUUAGGGGCAGCCGAAAUACGACAGAGUUUGAAACUCAAAACGCGAGAGGGACAGUGUCAAUUCAACGGGAAAGACUAUAUACUCGGAUCGCUACUUUUCAGGUCUCCCCACGGUCUUGGACAGCAAAGUUGCAUUUUUCUCCAGCGAUCGGGUGAAAAAAGAGGACUUUUGAUGAUACAAGUAUUGCCAAAGCUGAUUUCAACGGUGAUAGAAUUUUUGACCUACGAUAUCGGUGCGUUUGUGAAACCUGUUGUUGCAGACCAGGGCCUACUACAACGAAGUGUUAAUGGGACGUUUUCCAAGCUUCGCGAAAUCGGAAAACUCGGUUCUUUUGGCGAUAUAGAGUUCACGUUUGGAGUGAAUGGAUUGCAACAAUCGUCUCUGCAGAAUGUUUUAAUUGUCCUCCCAAACUCAGAGCUUAAGCUGUUCGAAUCUUCGGAAGGCCCGUUCUUGAACUCUUUGUUCCAACAACUAGACUCCUCGACAGCGGUCGACUUCUCGAAGCUACAACUUGUCAAGAUAAAGUGCACUCUGUUCAACAUUUUCUCAAAUGGAAAAAUCAUGUUUACACGAGAAAUGACGUCGUCUCCCUCACCUUCUGAGGACGAAGAUCGGCCGAGUGUGUGGUAUAUCCUCGAGGAUUUGCUAGACACAUUUGUGGUAAAACAAUAG